CCCACCAACACUUCCCACUCGUCCCCCCAUCUUCCCACUCGUCCACAGCCAAAUCCGCCUCCUCCCCCCCCCAUCCAGCGACGGCCACCCACCACCGUUCCAGUGAGUUCGAGCGAGGUAAGCUUUAGAUCUGAGCGAGUUCUCGCGCGUCGCAGGUAAAGUUCGCACUCCCGACCCCUCCUCCUCUUCCUCCCCCCUUCCUUUUGUUUGUUCUCUUGGUUCUUGGUUUCGUCUCCAUCGAGCAGACAGCGAGGGACCCGGGGCCUUUUCGAUCCCGGGCUUCAGAUCUGCUGUUUCUUCUUCGGUUUGGUUUUGAGUAGCAAGUCUGGGUUGCUAGUAGUUCGGUAGCCAAGAGGGGUUCUUUUUCCACACCUCCCUUGUGCCAGUUCGUGUGCAGAUCUACCACCAGAGGCCACCUGUUUUUACUGCGGCUGCUGGGUUCUGCCUGAUCUGUUCUUGGUUUGCUUGCUAGAGAGAAAAAAAACAAAAAAAAGAGUUUGUUUUUGUUUCUUCAGAUCUGCUACAGUAGUCUAGAUGGCUGCCGCUAUAGAUCUGUCCGGGGAGGAGCUGAUGAGAGCACUCGAGCCUUUUAUCCGGGAUGCCUCAGCUCCUCACGAGUCCAGUCCGCUUCUCCAGCACCCCCACCCGCUGAGCCCCACUUCGCCCUUCUCCUUCCCCCACGCCGCCGCCGCCGCCGCCUACGGAGGCGGGUACCCGUUCGCCGCCGCGGCCGAGGGGGCGGGCCAGCUAAGCCCGGCCCAGAUGCAGUACAUCCAAGCCCGCCUCCACCUGCAGGCGCAGUCCUCCUCCGUCCUGGGCCCACGGGCCCAGCCCAUGAAGGUCUCGUCGGCGGCCCCGGCGCGGCCGCAGAAGUUGUACCGCGGCGUGCGGCAGCGGCACUGGGGCAAGUGGGUGGCGGAGAUCCGCCUCCCGCGCAACCGCACCCGCCUCUGGCUCGGCACCUUCGACACCGCCGAGGAGGCGGCGCUCGCCUACGACCAGGCCGCCUACCGCCUCCGCGGCGACGCGGCGCGCCUCAACUUCCCCGACAACGCCGCCUCCCGCGGCCCGCUCCACGCCUCCGUCGACGCCAAGCUCCAGCAGCUCUGCCAGAGCAUCGCCGCAUCCAAGAAGGGCGCCAAGAAGUCCGCUCCCGCCGCCGCCACGUCCUCCGCCCCCACCAGCAACUGCUCCUCGCCGUCCUCCGACGACGCGUCCUCGUCCUGCCUCGAGUCCGCCGCCGAGUCCUCGUGCCCGUCCCCGUCGCCGUCCGCCUCCCCCGAGUCGGCGGUGCCGGAGAUGCAGCAGCUGGACUUCAGCGAGGCGCCGUGGGACGAGGCCGCCGGCUUCGCCCUCGCCAAGUACCCGUCGUACGAGAUCGACUGGGACUCCCUCCUCGCCGCCAAUUAAAUUAACCACCUUCUUGGCUCCUUACUACUACUGCAGCAGCAGCAGCUGAGGCUUAACGGCCGUUGCGCAGAUGGUUUUUUUGACAUCUCGCGCGGGCACACUAGUGGAUUAUUAGCUCUAAUCCCGUUCGUUUUGUGUAGAUGUUUCAGUCAGGAUUCGUUUUUGGUGUUGGUGUCAGUGAGUUGUAGAUCUCUGUUAGGGGUCCCAUCUGGUUCCCGGAUGGGAGAACCAGCCGAUGGGAGGGCCGGCGUUUUUGUGUCCGUCGCCUCCCGGUGGUCGGUCGGGUCACUGGUCAGUGGCUCCGGCCGGUCAAGUGUCCAUUGCUGUACUAGCUCUGUUUCUUUGGUAGGUGGUGCUGCUGCUCCAGCUGUUCUACGGGUUGUAUGAACAGCGGAGCAUGAUGUGAUAUUAUUAUUUCUAGUAUGGUGUAAAAUUAGCUCGCGGUGUCGAGGACCUGUAAUCUGAUGAACUGCUAUUGUUAGUGCUAUAUAUUUUAUCUGGUUGUAAAAAA